AUGGUGCAUCAAGCUCAGGGCCUGCUCGUGCAGGAGGUGGCCGCCGACGGGGAGCUGCCGAGCCGCUACGUGCUCAAGGAGCAGCAGGGCCGCCCGGCCGCCGCCGCCGCCGCACAGCGUGCCGCUCCGUCCAUCCCCACCGUGGACGUGAGCCGCCUUGCCGACGCCGACCCCAGCGAGGCCGACAAGCUCCGGUCGGCUCUCGACUCCUGGGGCCUCUUCGCGGUGACCGGUCACGGCAUGACGGACCCGUUCCUCGACGCGAUCCUCGGCGCCGCGCGGGGGUUCUUCCACCUGCCGACGGAGGCGAAGCAGGAGUACAGCAACGUGGUCGACGCCGACGACGGCGGCCGCAAGUUCCAGCCCGAGGGCUACGGCGUCGACCGCGUCGACACCGACGAGCAGGUCCUCGACUGGUGCGACCGGCUCUACCUCCAGGUCCGGCCGGACGACGCGCGGCAGCUCCGCUUCUGGCCGACCCACCCGCCGGACCUCGCCGAGCUCCUCAAAGAGUUCAGCGUCGAGGGCGAGAAGGUGGCCAAGCUCGUCGUCACGGCCAUGGCGAGGUGCCUGGGCUUCGAGGAUGGGUUCUUCGUGGACAAGGUCGGCGACCGGAUGCCGUCGUACGCGCGGUUCACCUACUACCCGCCCUGCCCGCGCCCGGACCUCGUGCACGGGCUCAAGCCCCACACCGACAACUCCGUGGUCACCGUGCUCCUCCUCGACGACCAAGUCGGCGGCCUCCAGGUUCUGAAAGACGGCAGCUGGGUCGACGUGCCCGUGCUGGGCGACGGCCGACACCAGCUGCUGGUCGUGGUCGGCGACGAGAUGGAGAUCAUGAGCAACGCGGCGUUCAGGGCGCCGGUACACCGGGUGAUGGCGCCGGGGGAGGAGGCGGAGCGGGUGUCGCUGGCGGUGUUCUACCAGCCGGAGCCGGACAAGGUGCUCGAGCCGUCGCCCGAGCUGAUCGACGGGGACCGGCCGGCGAUGUACAAAAAGCUCCAGGCCAAGGUCUUCGCCGACGGCUUCUGGGACGCGUUCGCGCUCGGGGAACGCACCAUCGACUUCCUCAAGGUCAAGGUCGACGCCGUCGAUCCGCCGGCGGCGGCCGUUUCCGGCGCUUGA